CACAGUCUGUCUGACCUCCAUAGAGGGAGGACGUGUUCUAAUUUUUUUUUGUAAUGGCUCGUUGUCUUAUUAGUUAAUUUUUUUUUAUUCCGAGAACUGGUCAUCCUGUGAAUUAUAUUUAUUUAUAAAUAUUUUUAUGAGUGUCAAAAUGCCUACCAGUGAAGACGAUGAUUCGCAAACCGGGUUCAUCUCCGAACCAACCCCAGGAAUGUCAAAAGCGGAGUUAAGAAAGACGAACAAACCCAUAAUGGAGAAGAAAAGGCGCGCUCGGAUAAACCGCUGUCUGAACGAACUGAAAGACUUGUUGCUGGACUCUGAGAAAGAUCCAACUCGUCACUCGAAGCUCGAAAAGGCGGACAUCUUGGAGCUUACCGUGAAGCACCUUCAAAAACUUCAGCGCCAGCAGCUGGCGGCCGCGAUAGCCGCAGACCCCGCCGUGCUGCAGCGCUUCAAGUCCGGUUUCGGCGACUGCGCGGUCGAGGUACGCCGGUACCUGUCGAGGUUGGCCAGCGUUCCAACCGGACUAAGGCAUCGGCUCGGGAACCACCUCACGUCUUGUAUAUCGGGGAUCGAAAGACUGCAUCCCCCGGCGGAUUACGGGUCACUAGUUCCUGAUCCGUUGAGGCUGGACGACGACCGACCGAGCGCCUUCCAUUUCGUCAAAUCUUUAAGGCCGACCAGUCCGCCUCUGAGUCCGCUGUCCUGCGACUCCGCCUGCGACUCCUCCACUGAACUAGAAACUCCCCCGCGUCCGGUCCAAGCCUUCCCCUUCCCGACGCCGCCGAGCAGGUCCGCGUCGGAUCAAGACUCGAGCCCCGAAACCCAAAAACCUACAGUAUCUUCAACGACGAUAUCUCCCGAAACUUUGAAACAGGAAGCAUUGAAGACCAAGAAAUACAUGGAACCUUUGUCCAUAGUUAUAGACGUUGAAAACUACAAAAUAGGGAUAGAUGCGUCCCCUAAGAGGGCCGUGGAUUAUUCAAUACGGCACAAGCUUAAAAGACCGAUGGUCGACUUGACUGGGCCGAUACCGAAACUGCCCAGAGUAGACCCGGAGGGGACACCCGUAGUGCCAGAGAAAAGAAUGUAUCGUUCACCGGAAAAGGUAUCUGCCUUCAAGCGAGUACCGGAACGACAUCCGGUUUAUGUUGAAAGGAGAUUGACUAUACCCGAAAGUAUCCCAUCGGUUGGCGAAAGAUUAUCACUUCCAACGACAUCUAGGACGGUCAUAAGUCACACGGCGGUAUCGUUAGCGCAAUCCUCUCGAAAAGACCAAGAUAGAGAGACCACGCAAGAGGCCGAUACGAGUUCUAAGUCUCCGGGGCAAGGGACAUCGAGUGGUUCGGAAAUGUGGAGACCCUGGUGAUUUGCUGAAGCGUUUCAAGUUAGAAGUCGAACAAGUUAUCAGAGUCUUUGUUGUACCGAUCUUCGAAUGGCCAAACAAACAGCGUUGUUACUGUUGGAAAGACAUAAAAGAUACGACUAAGAUGAUAAAAGCACAACACUAAUAAUACGAAAAUAACUCGGUUUAAAAAACAUUUUAACAAGUUAUUUAUUUUGAAAAGAAACGAUAUAAAAAAUCUUAUUAAAUUUUACAAUAUUCUCUACGGUCUUGCGACCAACGAGGUCCAGGAGGACAUAAUUAAAACUGAUUUUACGGUUUAAGCUCGCAUUUUUUUAAUUGCCAUUAUCGUAUUUUUUAGGUUUCGUAAAUAUUUCAAUAAGAUUUCGUGGUAACAAACGACUGUCUGUGAAAGAAGCUUUAAAUAACAUUAUUGUUCACCGCAUUGAAUUAAUAACAAAGAUCUCAAUCCUUAUAAAGUUCUAGUGUAAGUUUAUUAGAUAUAUUUUUACUGGUGGUAGGACCUCUUGUGAGUCCGCGCGGAUAGGUACCACCGCCCUACUUAUUUCUGCCGUGAAGCAGUAAUGCGUUUCGGUUUGAAGGGUGGGGUAGCCGUUGUAACUAUACUGAGACUUUAGAACUUGUAUCUCAAGGUGGGUGGCGCGUCUACGUUGUAGAUGUCUAUGGGCUCCAGUAACCACUUAACAUCAGGUGGGCUGUGAGCUCGUCCACCCAUCUAAGCAAUAAAAAAAAAAUUAUAUAUAUAUAUUUGACACCCAAGCGAUUAGCAAGCACUAAGGCAUAUCUUUGUCCUUAUUCAUAUUAUUACGAAGAUUUAAUGUUUAGUUAUUUGGUCGAUCGUUUCAAAUCUGUUAUGAGAUUGGUAUACACCACGAAAAUAAAGGUAGCGUUAAUAAUAUAGAAAUGUUUAUACACGAAAAUACCGAAGAUAUACCUAAAAUGUGAUAUACAAAACAGAACUUUAAUCGAUUAAUAACCCUUUUUUAUUAAUACCGGUAUUUGUACCUAAAACUAAUACCCAUUUUUGGGUGAGCUUUUACGCUAUCUAGACCGUAAAAAAACUCUCACUAAGCACACAGGUGAGUUGAGGUCGUCCACUCAUCCAAGCAAUAAAAUAAAAAAAUAAGCGAGUUCUUUUCUCACGAUAUUCACAUUUAAUGAAUUAUCGAUAUUUCGAUGCCGUUGCAAGGGCUAGCACUAAUAGGAUGUGAUAGUUUUUUUUUUAUAUUCUUUAUUAGAGCCAUACACCUAUUAGGUUAAGUCGGCUUAGGAUUUGAUAGUUAUAACAACAAAAUUAGCCCCAGUAUUAAUAACCUUAAUAACCUUAUCAAUGCGUCAAUAUAUCGUUUUUGGUUUGUUGGUGUUUACAAAGUUUAGUUUUUCAUUUUUCAGCGUGAUCCAAUGUUAUCGUUAGACGUUAACCAAGUAUUUUAAUUUUUAAUGUAAAAACAACUUUACGUAUAGGAAGCUUAUGUUGAUAUUUACCUGUGCGGUAUGUCACUUUACGACUUUAAGAAAAUUAAAAAGAUUAAUAUUCAAAUGA